CAUUUGCGUUUUACAUAAUUUGCAUUAAAAUUGAAAACGUUGCCUGAUUCUGCAACGCUCUAGAAUACCUUGGGAUUACAUUUUGUUGAUGUAUUCAAACGAGUGCAUGCAAGGGCAACAUUACCACAUUCUUUACCAGAGUAGAGCUAUUUAAUCCAAUUUGAGAACACCUAUAGCCUAUUAAGGGUGGUGCAGCUUCUGCGUCAAUGCCCGACAAGUUACCAAUUAAUGAUUUGUAAUUCCAAGAAUGGGGAGGGUUACCGAGUGGUAUUUGUCCCUCACUGUACACCGUCGGAUGGGAACAUGCAGGUAUUACGAAGUUCAGUCAGUGCUCAGUGCCAAUAUCUUGCAAGGCGUUUCAGGAGUGAAUUGAGUCUUGCCAUUUGCAUAUUUUGUUUUUGAGAGAAAUGGCACGUGUUUUGAAAAGAGCCAAAACAUGGGAGAUAUCAGAAUCUGAGAAUGAUAGCGACAUUGAAUCACAACCCAAGUGUUUAGUUGCAUAUUUUCAAGAUGACAGUAAUAUAACAGCAUCUAGCUAUACCGUCGUCAAACAGAAAGACAAUGAUCAUAAUGAAGACGGCCAGCAAUGUAGUUCAACAACCCAAGGUGAACAUAGACAAAAUGCUUUGGCGCCUCCUCUACCACCUGCACGGUCAAGCACCCCAAGUCCUGGAAGAAAACGUCGGAGCAGAGAGGAGAUGGAGGCUGAUAGAGAGAAGGCCGAGGAAAAGAAGAAGGCCAGAGAACAACUUCGGGUAGCCAAAACCAAAGAGAAAGAGCAGAAACGUUUGGAACAGCAAACGAGGAACGAUGCAGCGGAACGUCUGAAGAGCUACAGGCCAGAGAACUGUCUGAAGUGCCUGACUGUCUUCAUCGACCAAGCCUUUUUGCAGGAGGAGGGAUCAGACAUCUUGCUGGGGACCUUGUCUGCGUUUGAGUGGAGGUUCAGCAUUGUGUCUCAGAAGCUCCCACAAAGCAUCACUUGGACCAGAGAUCUUCCCCAGUGUGAUGAAGCUGAUGGACCUGUGGAGGAGGAACAGACACUGCUGGUGUCGAGUCUCAGUGACUUCAUGGACAUGGUGGUCUGUGUAAAACAGACUCUUCAGAGUGAUGGGGAGGAGUUGGAAAUGAAAUCUCUUCUCCGGCCUCUGCUUGAGUGUCUGAACUGUAACGCCAAGAUGGUGGUCACUGUCUUGGUCCUGGGGUCCUCUCCAGGUAGCUGGGGACAUGCAAUAAGACAAACGCUACUAUCUCGGUUGGGGACGAAGGAUCUGAUUCUGGAUAUUGAAGAGGUGCUGGUGUACUUGCAGCUCUACAGGAACGUCUCUGUGGCGUUCUUAGACGGUUGGCAGGAAGUGACACACCAUGUGUGCUCAGUCACCAAGGCCUUGUCCAAACGACCUUUCAAACGUCUGACUGAGCGCGUCGAGCUGCCGUUCUGUGUGGACGGCUCAUGGGCCAGCGGAGCGCGUGUGGAAAGAGACGGCUCCGGGCUGGACCAGGUGUGGAGCAGACAGGUUCAGCAGCUGAACCGGGUCAGCCCAGCGUUGGCCUCUGCUGUGGUCGAAGCGUACCCUUCACCCUGGCUGCUGCUGCAGGCCUACGAAGGUGUGGCGACUGAGGAGGAAAGGAGGGGGCUGCUGGCCGGGAUCCUGGUGAAAAGCGGGGGGAAAGAGAGACGAAUCGGGCCAGAGAUCUCAACGAGGGUCUACCGUUCCCUCACUGCACAGAACCCUCAGCUGGUCCUGGACUGAAACAGACAUGGAGCCGUUUGAACAGACUCGUUUGGGCUAAUACACGCCCACUUGGGUCUGGUUUGGAUCAUAUGGGACUGAUAUAGAGCAGACCAGAUGGACUAGGACUAAUCUGAACUGAGAUUACCUCUCUGACUCAGGCAUCUCUAGAUGAACUAAGUCCUCAAAUGCACUUCAGUGCUUAGUUAGAUGUUCAUUUGUACAGGCAGUUUGCACACACACUGAAUGAAUUUUAUGUUUGUCAUGUUUGUUAACAUAUAGUUUGCCUGUUCUUCUGUCUACAAUGUUCAAUGAAAACACGUUAACCUUCACUAUAAGUACAUAUAGCAAGAUACAUUAUUUUAUUUUUUUUAUUUUAGAAUUG